AGGUCUGGCUCUGUUUUCUGUUGUGCUCCCUAGCUGCUUCAAAUGCAUGUAGUUUUGAGAGUAUUUGGGAAAGCUGUAGUCAGGUAAGAUAUUGUAGGUAGAUCUGACUAGGAAAUGUUUAUUCCACAUUAACAGGUUCAGAGUGUCCUUUAGUAAUGCUCUUUUUCUAGUUGUCUUAUUUCUUCAUGAGGAGGUUCUCUAAAAUAAAAUGUUGCCAUGUUGUUGCCUGACAGCUUUUAUUCAAUAGAUAAUAUUUUGUUUCAACAUUUCUUUUUUUUUCUUCUUUUUCUUCUUAGUUGCUGAUGUAGAGUCAAAAUGAGUGGAUUAGGAGAAAACUCCUUAGAUCCACUGACUACUGAUUCCAGAAAACGAAAAUUGCCAUGUGAUACUCCAGUACAAGGUCUGACUGGUAGUGGUGAGAAGUGGCGUCGGGAGCAAGAGAGUAAAUACCUGGAGGAACUGGCAGAGUUGAUAUCUGCUAAUCUAAGUGACAUCGACAGUUUCAAUGUCAAACCAGAUAAAUGCGCAAUUUUGAAGGAAACUGUGAGACAGAUCCGACAGAUAAAGGAACAAGGAAAGGCAGCUUCCAUUGAUGAUGAUGUUCAGAAAGCUGAUGUGUCUUCAACAGGGCAGGGAGUUAUUGAUAAAGAUUCCUUAGGACCACUUUUACUGCAGGCCUUGGAUGGUUUUCUCUUUGUGGUUAAUCGAGAUGGAACCAUUGUAUUUGUGUCAGAAAAUGUUACACAGUACCUUCAGUAUAAGCAGGAGGACUUGGUUAAUACUAGUGUCUACAGUAUCUUGCAUGAAGAUGACAGGAAGGAUUUUCUCAAGAAUUUGCCUAAGUCAGCAGUUAGUGGAGAUCCAUGGACAAGCGAGACACCUAGACAAAAAAGUCAUACAUUUAAUUGCCGUAUGUUGGUGAAAAUAGUUCAUGAUAUUCUAGAUGAUGUGGGGAAUAGUCCUGAUAUGCGCCAGAGAUAUGAGACAAUGCAGUGUUUUGCCUUGUCUCAGCCACGUGCUAUGAUGGAGGAGGGAGAAGAUUUACAAUCUUGUAUGAUCUGCGUGGCACGCCGCCUCACUGCAGUGGAAAGAGUAUUUCCCUCAAAUCCUGAAAGCUUUAUUACUAAACAUGACCUUUCAGGCAAAGUUGUUACUAUAGAUACAAACUCACUGAGGUCUUCUAUGAGACCUGGCUUUGAAGAUAUAAUCAGAAGGUGUAUACAGAGAUUUUUUAGCCUUAAUGAUGGACAGUCAUGGUCCCAAAAACGUCACUAUCAGGAAGCUUAUAUUCAAGGACAUGCUGAAACCCCUGUAUAUCGGUUCUCCUUAGCUGAUGGGACUAUAGUGAGUGCCCAAACAAAGAGCAAACUUUUUCGGAAUCCAGUAACUAAUGAUCGCCAUGGCUUUCUUUCUACCCACUUCCUACAAAGAGAGCAGAAUGGAUAUCGACCAAAUUCUAAUCCAGUGGGACAAAACAUUCGAGCUCCUGCAGUUGGAUGUUCCAGUUCUGUUGGAGGAAUGAAUAUGUCACCAAAUCAAAGCUUGCCAAUACAGAACAGGCCCUACUCCUUGGGAGAUCCCAAUGCAGUAGGACAGAUGAGUGGCAUUAGAUAUGGAACUCCUAACAACUUAAACUCUAUAAAUCUUGGGCCAGGAAUGCAAUCCUCUGCCUAUCAGAACAAUAAUUAUGGGCUAAAUAUGAACAGCCCCCCACAUGGUAGCCCUGGCCUUGGCUCUAAUCAGCAGAACAUAAUGAUUUCUCCUCGAAACAGAGGUAGUCCAAAGAUGCCUUCACAUCAGUUUUCUCCUGUUCCAGGUAUGCAUUCUCCUAUGGGAUCUACCAGCAACACGGGGGGCAACAGUUUCUCUAGUAGUUCCCUCAGUGCCCUCCAAGCCAUCAGUGAGGGUGUGGGAACUUCUCUUUUGUCUACACUUUCCUCACCAGGCCCCAAAUUGGAUAAUUCUCCAAAUAUGAACAUCAACCAACAAAGUAAAGUAGGGAACCAGGAUUCUAAGAGUCCUGUUGGCUUAUAUUGUGAACAGAAUCAGGUGGAAAGUUCCAUAUGCCAAGUCAAUAGCAGGGACCACCCCAGUGAUAAAGACAGUAAAGAAACUGGUGUUGAAGGGCCAGAGAACCAGAGGGGACCACUUGAAAGCAAAGGCCAUAAAAAAUUACUUCAGUUACUAACAUGCUCUUCAGAUGAUCGGGGGCAUUCCACUCUGACAAAUUCUCCAUUGGAUCCAGGGUGUAAAGAUUCUUCUUCCAGUGUCACUAGUCCUUCUGGAGUCUCAUCUUCUACAUCCGGAGGAGUUUCUUCCACAUCAAAUAUGCAUGGAUCCCUGUUGCAAGAGAAGCAUAGAAUUUUGCACAAGCUACUGCAGAAUGGGAAUUCUCCUGCUGAAGUAGCCAAAAUUACAGCUGAAGCGACUGGGAAAGACACAACGAGCAGUAGUGCAGCUUCUAGUGAAGGAAUAGUUAAGCAGGAACAGCUAAGUCCCAAGAAGAAGGAAAACAAUGCACUUCUUCGCUAUCUGCUUGAUAGGGAUGAUCCUAAUGAUUCCAUUUCUAAAGACAUAAAACCCAAAGUGGAAGGUGUAGAAAAUAAAAUGGGACAGUGCAGCAGCUCUUCUCUUCCUACUUCAAGUCAAGAAAAAGAAAUUAAAGUUAAGACUGAACAGAAUGAAGAGGUGAGUGGAGACUUGGAUAAUUUAGAUGCUAUUCUUGGUGACCUGACAAGUUCUGACUUUUAUAACAAUGCCAUGUCCACAAAUGGUAAUAACCUGGCAAGUAAGCAACAGAUGUAUCAAGGAAGUACCCCUCUAGGUUUGAGAAGCCCACAGUCUCUGCCGUCUGCUCGUCCUCCUUUUAAUCGAGCUGUGUCCUUGGAUAGUCCUAUUCCUGUUGGUUCAAGCCCUCCAGUGAGAAAUGUUAAUACAUUUCCCAUGUUACCAAAGCAGCCCGUGAUAAGCGGAAAUUCAAGGAUGAUGGACACCCAGGAGAAUUUUGGCUCUAAUAUGGGUGGACUGAAUAGAAAUAUGACUAUGAACCAUCAUCCCUCAGGAGAGUGGGGCUUGCCAAAUUCUAAAGUUAGCAGAAUGGAACAAAACACAAGUUCAUUGGUGAGGCCAGGAACUGACUAUAAUAAUUCUUUACCCAGACCUGCAAUGGGUGGUACUUUGCCUGGCCUUCCCGUUAGAUCCAAUAGUAUACCUGGUACAAGGCCAGUACUACAGCAGCAGAUGAUUCAGAUGAGGCCUGGUGAGAUUCCUAUGGGCAUGGGAGUAAAUGCCUAUGGCCAGACAGGACCCUCAAAUCAACCUGGAUCUUGGCCUGAUAAUAUGUUAACUAUGGACCAGGGUCCUCGUGGGACACAAAAUAGAGCCCUUGUUAGAAAUUCCCUGGAUGAUCUCUUAUGCCCUCCUUCUAACAUAGAAGGUCAGAGUGAUGAAAGAGCUCUUUUGGAUCAGUUACAUACUCUCUUGAGUAACACAGAUGCCACAGGACUUGAAGAAAUUGAUAGAGCUUUAGGAAUCCCAGAUCUUGUAAAUCAAGGACAAGCUUUGGAAGCUAAACAGGAGUCUUUUCAAAGUCAAGAAUCUGCUGUAAUGAUUGACCAAAAGUCUACUCUAUAUGGACAGUCCUAUCAAGCCCAGUCUGCAGUAAUUCAAGGCAGUUUCAGUAAUCUUCAGGGACAACAGCAAUCGUUUAAUUCAAUGAUGAAUCAAAUGAGCCAGCAGGGUAACUUUCCACUACAGGGAAUGCAUCCCAGAGCUAAUAUGAUGAGACCCCGAACAAAUACUCCCAAACAGCUUAGAAUGCAACUCCAGCAGAGACUACAGGGUCAGCAGUUUUUGAACCAGAGCCGUCAGGCCCUUGAAAUGAAGAUGGAAACCCCUCCAACUAGUGGGGCUACAGUGAUGAGGCCUGUAAUGCAGGCUCAAGUAAACUCUCAGCAAGGUUUUCUCAAUGCUCAGAUGGUGGCCCAGCGCAGCAGAGAGCUAAUUAGUCACCACAUCCGACAGCACCGGAUGGCAGUGAUGAUGCAGCAGCAGCAGCAGCAACAGACACAGCAGCAGCAGCAGCAGCAGCAGACGCAGGCUUUUAGCCCUCCCCCUAAUGUGACUGCUUCAGCCAGCAUGGAUGGGGCUUUGGCCGGGACCCCGAUGCCACAAGCUCCUCCACAGCAGUUCUCUUACCCACCAAAUUAUGGAAUGAGCCAGCAAUCAGAUCCUGCCUUUAGCAGAGUAUCUAGUCCUCCUAGUGCAAUGAUGUCAACAAGAAUUGGUGCCUCCCAGAACCCCAUGAUGCAACACCCUCAAGCCACACCAAUGUACCAGUCCCCAGAAAUGAAAGGCUGGCCAUCAGGAACGUUGUCCAGGAACAGUUCAUUUCCACAGCAGCAGUUUCCCCCCCAGGGUAGUCCUGCCCCCUACAGUAUGAUGCACAUGAAUGGGAACGGUGGCCACAUCGGACAAAUGAACAUGAAUUCUAUGCCCAUGUCUGGGAUGCCCAUGGGUCCAGAUCAGGUACAGAAAUAGUAAUCCUUUCUCUUUCUUUUUAAGCAUUAAUUGGUGAAUAUUAAUUUGUUUUAAAAUGCUGCCAGAGGGCUGGUCACUUGUGGCCCACCCAUCAAUACAUUUCUGCCUUGAUAUUUUAAAAUAAACUCCUCUUUAACUCCUCCCUACCCCACCAAUGCUGCUAGAGGCAUCUGUGAAAUGGCAUCUUGGUUCUGUCCCUAAUUAGUUUAUGACUGUGGUUUGGGCACUUCCUCUCUGGUCAUUAUUUCUCCUUGUAAUAUGAGGAUUGUACUUGGUGUCUCUGGAACCUUUCAGUUCUUGGUUCUAUAUUCAAACAUUUGUUCCCCCAUUUUUGACAGUCUAUGCUUUUACUUUUCAUAUGGCGAUGAUUUGUA